CUUCCUAUAAAAAGUGUCUUGCUAGAUGUAAAUACUCAUUGAGUUUUCACAGUCUUUAGCAGUAUAAUCUAGAAUCUGGAGCAAACAAUUGGAAAAAGCGAUAUGGAUGAUGAUUUCAUGUGGCGAGGAAAUCCGCUGGAAGCAAGGCCAAUACUUCUGGAUCAUCAAGUAGGUGCUCAGCAUGGUCGGCCAGCUGGUAGGAGACAGGCUGCAUUCGGACGCAGGCCACAGAGAGCAGGACUACAGGCUAACUAUGGUGGUAGCCAAAGGGGACAGCAAGAAGAAAGGCGUGCAUUUGCAGGAGUUCGAGGACGACGAGGCGGCUAUGGAGGGCAGCCAAGAGGAUUUGGAGGAUUUGGAGGCGGCUAUGGAGGGCAGCCAAGAGGAUUUGCAGGAGUUGGAGGCGAUGACUAUGGAGAAGUACAUGGAUUUCCAGAAAAUCGAGGAAGAUUUCACUCAGCUACAGAUGAUGACACAGACAGUCAAACCAGUGAGCCACGCAGACCCCAUGCUAGAAAGGUCACAGAUUUCAAAACCAAAAAGAAAGCUAUACCUAAACACUUUCUUACGAGUGAAAAAAUUGCUGAAUUAGCUACUAUUGGAGAUACUGAUGACCUACUAACACUGAUAAGCCAAAAUGAGGUUGGGUUUUUAAAAGCAUUUCAGUGCCGAAAUUUUUUGAAAAACAAAAUUACGCUGAAGCAUUUGGUCAAACUCUUGUUCGAUUUAGUUGAGUCGGAGGAAAUAAGUGCUACCUCACGUGUGAUGUGUGAGAUAUUAGACCCGACAAGCGAAUAUGCAGCAUUUUUUUUCAGUGUACAAGAAAUCUUUCAGAAUAUUUCGACAGAACAAAAACGGCAUAUAAGAAUUGAAAAUAUCGAAGCAUUCUCCCAGUUUGUUAGAAUUGCCAAAUUUUGCAUUGAGAAAAUCCCAAACAACACAGUGCAAGUUUUUCAACUUCCACUACUGAUUUAUCAUGCAGGGAGGGCGAAGACGAGCAUACUUGAUGACGAAAAAGCUUUGCUAGCUACGAUUGAGACUGAUCUCCAACAGCUUCAAGCAUCCUUUGAUAGAUUCGAAAGAGAGAAAGUAAAACCAAAGCCAAAGCCAGUGAGACGCUCGAGGCAAAUGAUAGACGCUGAAAGAGAUCCUCCAGAGCCGUUCACAGACCUUUCCAUUUUGCCUAUUGCCAAUGAAAUUUCUUGUGAAGCAAAGCCAUUUCUACGUCCUAAUAUAACUCACAAGAGUUACAAUGACUGGGGCCAUUAUAUUGAUAUCCAGUUUCGCUUGCUUAGAGAAGACUUCGUCAGACCACUUCGUAAGGGCAUUGAUGACCACUUAGUUGGUAAAUCUUCUGGAGGUGAUGUACGUGUGUACACAAAAGUUAGAAUCAUGCAACCUGUCUCCCUUAGCUCCGGAUUGGGUUUUGAUAUCUCCUUUGAAUGCCAGUCUUUUCGAAAGCUCAACUGGAAUUACACUAAGAGGCUCAUUAAUGGAUCUUUGCUGUGUAUCUCGGCUGACAAAUUUGUCACGAUUGCAUUCGCAACAGUUGCUGAAAGGAAGGUAGAAUCACUACAAAAAGGCAUUGUAACUGUCAAGUUCGAGGGUUCUGUCGGUGGUUUUCAACUCAAUCCUGAUACUGAGUACACAAUAGUCGAAUCUGUUGCCUAUUUUGAAGCAUACCGACAUAUCUUAGGAAGGCUGCAAGAAGUUGUUAACGCUCAUGAAAUCGAAGCAAUGCCAUUCAAGCAGUACAUUGUGGAGUGCUCAUUCAAUGACAUUCCAUUGCCCCUAUACACACGAUUCCAACAACGUUGCAUAUUCAACCUGCAAGAAGUAAUUAAAUUUAAACGGACUCACCGUUUUCCCACUGCAGUAGACCUCACUGACCUAUCUACCUGGCCAAAAGCUGGCGAUACUGAUCUUGAUCGAUCUCAGAUGAAAGCCAUGAAGGCAGCAAUGACACAAGACCUGUCAGUUAUCCAGGGUCCUCCUGGUACUGGUAAGACGUACAUUGGGUUGAAGAUCGUUCAAAGCCUCCUAGCAAAUCGAAAAGUAUGGGACCCUUACAGCAAAUCCCCUAUUCUUGUUGUAUGCUAUACCAACCAUGCUCUUGACCAAUUUCUUGAAGGCAUACGGCAGCAUCUAGUUGAUGGUAAACCACCGAAUCUGACAAGAAUUGGAGGUCGAUGCAAGAGUGAAAUUCUUGCAGAUUGCACUCUAUACGAGAAAGUCAACAGAGCGAGAGAAGCACGCUCCAUUCCAAGAGAGAUACACAAAGAAUUUGCUGCUGCAAGAACGGAAAUGAUGACCUUCAAGAAAGAAAUAGAAAAACUUAUGGAUGAAACUCAUUCUGCAAAAGUAUCUCUUCUAACAAUACAGGUGUUGUCCCAGUACAUGUCCAGACAUCAUUGUCAGCAAAUUACACAUGAUUUUGGUGCAAAAAAGCCCAUUGAAGCAUGGCUCGGUCUCCGAUACUCUGGAACACAGCAAGCACACUCCCCUGCAGCUCAACCACCACACACAUUCAAGCAUAACGCAGACUUAUCUCUUGACAGUGAUGAAGAUAGCGACAACGAAGUUCAAAUAAUACUCCAUGAUCGAUUAGAGCAGCUGGAGAAGGUAUACCGGCCACAACAGGGAGAUUUGUUUUCUCCAUUUGACAUGGCUGAGCUAGAGGAGGAAAUUGAUCCUGAAGGAUGGCAGACAGCCCAAAUGGACAAGAAAAAACGGCAUAAUAUGAUUCGUAAGCAGUUAUCUCGAGGGCUAGUGCCGUUGAAACAAGAAGAUGUGCACAGUAUACGAAAUCUCCAGCCUCAGGAAAAAUGGAGAUUAUACAUUUACUGGAGAGAUAGACACACCGAGCACUUAUUACGAAAAUUGCAAGAACUCUCUACCGACUAUGAAAGAGCUUGUAAAGAAUUCCAAGAGAAAAAGCAGCAGAGAGAUGAUUUUGUUGUUGCAGGCUCAGAUGUAGUAGGUAUGACUACCACUGGUGCGGCCAAACACAAUCACAUCAUCAAGGCGAUAAAACCAAAGAUUGUGAUUUUUGAGGAAGCUGCUGAAAUCUUCGAACCUCAUAUCUUCACUUCUAUAUCAUCCAGUGUUCAGCAGCUCAUUCUAAUCGGUGAUCACAAGCAACUACGCCCCAAACCAACAUGCUACGAACUUGAAACUAGGUACAACUUCAAUGUGUCAUUGUUUGAGCGCUUGGCAAUGAACGGUUGUCCUGUACAAACACUAAGUAUUCAGCAUCGAAUGAGACCUGAGAUUGCCAGUUUGAUAACUCCAGCCAUAUAUGAAGAACUGCACAAUCAUGAAUCCGUCGAGAGAUAUGAUAGCAUCAAAGGUGUUGGUAAAGAUUUGUUUUUCGUUCAUCACAAUUUUGCUGAAACGUCAGAUGAUGUUGACAGAAAGAGCCAUUCAAAUCCUCAUGAAGCAAAAUUUUUGACGGCUCUAUGUGACUAUUUGAUCAAACAAGGGUAUGAUCAAUCUGAGAUAACAAUGCUAACACUGUACAGUGGACAAGUAAUUGAAAUUAAAAAGAAUCUCAAGCUGAGAAAAAUUACUGGUGUGCGAACGGUGGUAGUUGAUGACUUUCAAGGGGAAGAAAAUGAAAUCAUUCUACUGUCUCUUGUGAGAAGCAACAGUGAAAAAAAUAUCGGUUUUGUUGGUAUCAAAAACAGGGUGUGUGUGGCCUUAUCCCGAGCCAAGAAAGGCAUGUUUAUUAGUGGAAAUGCCCUCAUGCUGAUUGGUAGAGAAACAAUGGACAAAGAUGAUAAAGAUGAUCCUAUCUGGCCACAAGUUCUUGGACAGCUUAAACAAUGUGAUGGUAUAGGUGAAUCUUUACCACUUCAGUGUCAGAUUCACAAAGAUCAAGCAGUGAAAGUAAAGAAAGCAGAAGACUUUGCCAAAUGCCCUGAAGGUGGAUGCCAAAAGUUAUGCAACACUCGACUAGACUGCGGGCAUGCUUGCAAACGACUCUGCCAUCCUUGUGAUCGAGAGCAUAAAAACUACAAAUGCAUCGAAAAAACUAAAAAGAAACUGCCUAGAUGUAGUCACUAUGAGUUGGUAUCAUGCUCCGCUGACAUUAAGAAAGUAAAAUGCUCUGCAACUUGUGAAAAAAUGUUACCUUGUGGACAUCGGUGUGCAGAGAAAUGUUUAAAUCCUUGCACAAUUAAAUGCAAGCACCCUGUUGAGAAGAAACUCUCGUGUGGGCACACUGUUCAAGCCGAUUGCUAUGUCAAGCCUGAAUUGGUGGUGUGCUCUGUAAGCCUUGCCUUGAGCCUUGUAAAUGGAGUUGUAAGCACAAAAAAUGUACUAGACCAUGUGGUGAACCAUGCAACAGAGAGUCUUGCAAUAAACCUUGCACCAAAAUGAUAAAGAAAUGUGGUCACCCAUGUAUUGGCCUGUGUGGAGAACCAUGCCCCAAACUUUGUCGUAUUUGUGACAAAGAUGAAGUUACUGAGAUCUUUUUUGGUAAUGAAGAUGACGAAGACGCUCGAUUUGUACUGUUACCUGAUUGCAAACACAUAUUUGAGUAUAAAGGACUUGAUCACUGGAUGGAAAUUAAAAAAGAAGGUGAUCAAUCACAGCAAAUUUCUUUCAAAGAGUGUCCAAAGUGUAAGACACCUGUGAAGAAAUGUCUUCGCUAUAGUAAUGCAAUCAAGCAGUAUCUCAAAGAUGUUGAGGAGAUCAAGCUGAAACAGAUGAGCACGCUAGGAUCGGCUGAUUUGAAAGGAGAGCUUAUUACUGUACAGAAAUCUCUAGACGCCACGAAUUAUGAAUUUGUUUCCGAAGAUCUUGCACAAUUGGAGAGGAUCAUUCAGAUAGACUCUCAGCUGGGAAGAAGGAAACUCCUUAUGUUUCCCCACGUCGUGAAAGCAAAGCUCACCUUUCUGUCUCAAAUUGCCUCGGUUACGAAACUACAGUAUGGUGUAUCUAGAGAGCUUGCAUAUUUAAGUGAUGGAGCUGCUGUGGCUAAUAUUUCUUCCAGAAUUCGAAAAGUAAAGCGAGGCUUAAACCAAGUGAAAGAAUUUAUUCAACAGGACUACCUUUUUGACCAACAGAUGUCAGAUGCUGAAACUGAAAUGUGUCGACUCACGUUAUUGGCUAGAGUUUCGGAAGUUCAACAAAAAGCUUUAAGCAAGCGAAUCCAAUUUGCAAUGAGAGAAGAAACUGCUGUCACAAUCUAUACUCGUAUGCUUCAUAGCAGUGGCUGGAAAAAUGAGAAAGUAUCAAAGAAGAAAGAAGAUGAGGUUGUAACUUUUCUGAAAACUCUGGCCCAAAAAUAUGGUUUAGAUGGACUAACGGAAACAGAGAGAAAAGAUAUUGUGAAAGCGAUUGGUCUAUCAAAGGGCCAUUGGUUUAAAUGUCCCAAUGGACAUUUCUACUGCAUUGGAGAGUGUGGGGGAGCCAUGGAAACAGUCAAGUGUCCCGAGUGUACUGCAGAGAUUGGUGGUGGCCAUCAUCAGCUACUUGCUAACAACCAAGUGGCAACAGAAAUGGACGGUGCCAGACAUGCUGCAUGGUCGGAAAUGGCCAAUUUGGAAAACUUUGAUCCUGCACAAUUACAGUUUGCUAAUUAGCAAAAAAUACAAAGAUGAUUAUAUAGACUAGACAUUUUGAUUAGUUUUUCUUUCUUUCUAGAGUAUAUUAUAGCUUCAAACGAAAAGUAUAGCAGUGCCGUAUCGAAAAUCAUCGCUGCAUUAUUGGUAGAUCUAUUAUAGAUAAUUCACUAGUAUAGUGGUUUAUAACUAUUAUUCUGCAUUUCAGUUAGACUAUAUAUAUUUUGUUGCUGCUUUUUACUCUCAA